AUGGCUGGGACUCUUCAGAAAUACGAAGAUCCACGUGUUAAGAUCAAAACGAAAACAAUGUUCCAACCAAAUGAUGACCCGAUCGCCAUAUUACUUCUUCAAGAAAACAGCGUCAACAGAUUGAGGCAGCCAAUAGAAGAGUCCAAUAAAAUAAAAGUUGUCCUGAGCAAGAACAAAGAUGAAAAUGACAUCCAACAAUCACAACAGCAAAAUGCUGAGCAGAAUGUUACCAUCCCAUCAGCAAAUUCACACAUGAACGAUUCUCUCCUUGGUUAUAAGAAACCAGAAAAAAGAUACUAUAUGCAAAUUGUUAUAAAAAAAAGAUCAAUAACAUUACAAAUCGAAUCCGGUCACUGCACGCAAUACAAAACAGCACAAGGCAACCUUAACCACUAA